CCAAACUGCCUAUUUUCAUUAUCAGCCCCUCUUUCACACAAUUUCCAAUGUAAUUUGAACAUCAGUAAUAUCCAUUGCUUUUGGGGGAUACUAUUGUCCACCUUGAAAUUUCAUUCUAUUGGAUAAGCCGAAAGCGCAUGGAUUACCCAAUGGAUAAGGUAACCUUAUGGACUCUGUACCCCGGCUUGAUACCCCCUCCUACUCUGCCUUCUCUCUCUAAAUCAAAAUCUCUAUGAAUUCCACUCUUUCCCCAUUCCCCGUCUCGAAAUCAAAAUCCAUAUGAAUUUCACUCGCCCAACAUUGUACCCCCCGGCAAUCAAGACCCCAUUUCCCAAAAACCCGCGCAUCUUCCACCAUCCAUCUUCUCUCUUAACUGCCCAACUCGCUUCUCUCUCUAGAAAACUCCAUCCUUCCUCUCUUGUCACCCCACUGAAAUCUCUCUCUAAAAGCCCCAGUUCACGACUGAGUUUGCGAACAAAAUGCACCAUAGCAGACCAACAGUUGGCCCAGCCAAAAGAGACUGGAGUGGUCAUAGUGGGUGCAGGCCUUGCAGGCUUAGCAGCCGCAUUGAGGCUCAAUUCUUCCCAAAUUCCCUUCCUACUUUUUGAAGCCUCCGAUUCGGUUGGUGGUCGAGUUCGAACAGAUUCAGUUGACGGUUUUCUUCUUGAUCGGGGUUUUCAAAUCUUCAUUACUGCUUAUCCAGAAGCCCAAAAAUUGUUAGAUUAUGAGUCUUUGAACCUACAAAAGUUCUAUUCAGGUGCCCUUGUCUACUACAAUGGAGGUUUCCAUAGGGUUUCAGACCCUUUAAGACAUUUUUGGGACUCUUUGGGUACGAUAACCAACCCAAUAGGCUCGAUCACGGAUAAGGUUUUGAUAGGAUUGUCAAGGCUUAAGGCUGCGGCUUCCUCUUUCGAAGAUUUGCUCGUAGCUCCUGAGUCUUCCACUAGAGAGAGGCUCUUGAGAGAUGGGUUCUCUUCCUCGAUCAUCGGUCGUUUUUUUGUGCCAUUUUUGGGUGGGAUUUUCUUUGAUGCAAAGCUUGAUACAACCUCCAGGCUCUAUGACUUUGUGUUUAAAUCUCUCGCUCUGGGGUCCAACACCCUUCCUUCAAAAGGGAUUGGGGCAAUUCCUGAUCAAUUAGCAAGUCGGCUACCUGACUUCUGUUUAAAACUGAAUUCGAAGGUCACCAAACUCAAUUCUGAUCUGUCGACUGUGGAAUUAGAGAAUGGAGAAGUUUUCCGAGGCAAAUUCGGGUUAAUUUUGGGCGUUGAGGAGCCUGAAGCCAAGAGACUCCUAGAGACAGAGGAGGCAGCACUGGCAAAUGCGAAGGUGAAGCCUUGCCGGAGUACAGUUUGCUUAUACUUUGGUGCAGAUGAUGCACCUAUCAAGGAGCCCAUAUUGAUACUAAAUGGGUCAGGGAAGGGAAUAGUUAAUAACAUGUUCUUUGCCACUAAUGUCGCUUCCUCCUAUGGGCCAAAGGGGAAGACCUUAGUGUCAGUUUCUUUAGUUGGGUCUUAUGAAAGUUGGUCUGAUGAGGAGUUACAGAACGCAGUGAGAGAGGAGAUGGGGACAUGGUUUGCGGGCUCUGUGGUGAAGGCGUGGAACCAUUUGAGGACAUAUAGAAUUGGGUUUGCUCAACCAAACCAGAUUCCACCAACAAACCUUAGAAAGGACCCGAGAGUGGGUCCGGGGGUCUAUGCAUGUGGGGAUUAUCGGGACUCAGCAACCUUCGAUGGGGCUCUGGUAUCUGGGAGGAGAGCAGCUGAGGCUUUAAUAGAGGACAAUGGCUGGUAGGUUCAUGAGAGCUUUUGUGGUUCUUGGAUGUGUUGAUGGAUCAUGGUGGUUUUCCUUUCAGAGUUUCUCUCUCUUCCCAUGAAGGAGUGCACAAUUCUUCCAAUGAAUCAUGCAAUCCUCUUUGCUUUGGGAUAAAAUAGAAGGCCAUGUUGAGUUAAA